GGCCCACACGUGGUGGAACAUAAGAAAACCACAGAGCAGAAGAAAACGGAAAAAGGCUGUUUUACGAUUCCCUCUCCCACGGGUUCCUCUUCCCCUUUCCCCCUUUUCCAUCGGUCCAUCCCGCAGCAAUAUAAUCCGGCGCCCGGCGUGCAAAUGUACAUAUUACCGAAACCCCAGCCCUCUCUCUCCCUCUCUUCUUCAACCAUCAUCUGUCCUCCAUUGAAACUAUAUGGCGGUCACAUCUUAUCAAACUCAAGCCCAGCUGGUGCUUAAGAGCUUUGUGCUUUCAGAUUUGCUCACAGUUUAUAGCUCGGUUAUAUUCAGCAUUUUAAUGUGCAAAAUGGUCUAUAAUUUCAGUGAAAUGAUUACGUUUUACUGCUAUAAGGGAUACUCCAACCUUUCAAAAUCCCACCAGAUCGAGUGGAACAACCGUGCAAUUUCGACAGUGCACUCCAUCUUCGUUACAGCAAUGUCACUCUACAUUGCAUUCUGGUCAGAUUUAUUUUCUGGUGAUCAGCUCUCUGGCCUGAUCACUUUCCGAAAUUCAACUUUAUCAACAUGUGUACUUGGAGUGUCUGUGGGAUACUUCCUCGUUGAUCUUGCUAUGAUCAUUUGGUUAUAUCCUUCUUUAGGGGGAAUGGAGUAUGUGGUUCAUCACCUCUUUUCCUUAACAGCUCUAACAUAUGCUAUGUUGACUGGCGAGGGACAACUUUAUACCUUCAUGGUCUUGAUUUCGGAGGCAACCACUCCCAGCAUUAAUUUGAGAUGGUAUCUUGAUGUGGCUGGAAUGAAGAAAACCAAAGCAUAUAUAAUCAAUGGAGUAAUAAUAUUUUUAGCCUGGAUGGUGGCCAGAAUAUUGUUGUUCAUGUAUAUAUUUUGUCAUAUGUACCUCCACUAUGACCAGGUGAGGGAGAUGCACACAUGCACGCUCUUCCUUGUUCUCGUUGUGCCAUCUGGCCUAGCUAUCAUGAACCUGAUGUGGUUUGGGAAGAUUAUCAUGGGAUUGAAGAAGACGUUGGCGAAGAGGCACUGAUACCGAUCAGGCUAUGCACCCCAUGAAAGCGGCUUCGGGGGGGGGGGGGGNGCACAUAGUAUGUAUGCCAACAAAGAGAGACUAGGGGUGGUGGGACACUACAUACCAUUGCAAACAUAUGUAUGCUCUCCGAGAGUAAGUUUCCUUACAACCGUAGGGUAUGUCUUAAUGCUCAUUUCUCAAGAAUAGGUUGGUAUAGAAUGUAGUGUUGGACAUAAUAUAUAUAUCUGUAUACAUAGAGCUUUUUUUUUAUUUAUUUAUUUUAAAUAUCAAAUUCAACUCCUUGUAUAUAACACAAGGAAAUGAAUCAUUGACAACCUCGAGGGAGUAUUUUGUAUGGUAUACUUUCUGAGACAAGUGACGAUUACAUAUGUUGAUAUAAUGAAUGAAGGGUGGAAUA